AUGCUCACAACGAUUUGGACAGUCCUUUCAAUUUUUGGCGGAAAUAAGGAUAAAACUGGAGUCGAGUUCUUCUUAGAGACCACGCGUCAGAUCAUUGCUACGAGACGUCAGAGUAAACAAAAGUAUAAUGAUUUCAUUCAACUGCUUAUGGAUGUCGAGAAGGACGGAGACAUCACUAGAGAUGAGGCAGAUAUACAUGAAUCACAUCAUGUAAACGAAGGAGAGGAAGAGUUGGAAAGUGAGAAGAAGGCUUUGAAUGUGAAUUUGGUUAACAAACAGUUGACUGAAUAUGAAAUCCUGGCGCAGGCUAUCGUCUUCUUUUUAGCCGGGUAUGAGACGACGGCCACUACUCUGACGUUCUGUACGUAUGAGUUGGCUCUCAAUCAAGAUAUUCAGGACAAACUGUACGAAGAAAUCAAUUCUGCCGUCGAUUCCAACGGAGAGAUCAGUUACGAAGAGUUGGCUCGACUGCCAUAUUUAGAUGCCGUCCUCUCAGAAACACUACGUCUUCAUCCGCCGGCCCAACGAUUGGCACGACUCGCCUCUACUGACUAUAAAUUGGGUGAAACUGGUAUUACAUUACUUAAAGGCCAACAAAUUGAAUUUCCAAUCCAUGGUAUUCACCACUUGGAGGAAUAUUACCCGAACCCAUUCCAGUUUAACCCUGAUAGGUUUUUGCCUGAGAAUAGACAUAACAUAAUUCCCUACACAUACCUGCCCUUUGGUGCCGGCCCUCGCAAUUGCAUUGGUAUGAGGUUUGCAUUACUCGAAGCAAAGUUAGGUUUGGCUCAUAUUAUCAGGAAAUACAGAUUCUUCAGAACUCCUAAUACAGACGUCCCUCUCAUAUACAAGCGUUCAUUCCUUUUGGCGUCUCCUAAAAGACUUUUAGUGGGAAUUGAGAAAAGGGACCAAUAGUUUGCCACUAAUGUACAGUACUAUUUGUAAACUUAUAAAUUAUAAGUUAUAAUAAGUAUACACAACGUUAAUACAUUACAUUAAAUAUUCAUAUGAUUCUAAGAC